AUGAAGUUAUUGAAAUUCAAACAGAAAAAGAUCAAUAUUAUUCUUGUUUUAUUGAUAAUUAUCUAUUUUCUUUAUAUUUUUCGUAAUCAAUUCUUUAUUUCAUCUUCAUGUUUGCAUCUUUAUGAAAGUAAUUCCUUCGAAAAAUGUGCUUUAUCAACCGAAACAUGUAACAUAACAUUAUUAUUGAAUUCCUACCUAUUGUACCGAACUUGUAUUCUUAAAUCUUCAUCUUCGCAUGCAAAUUAUGUUGUAUUUGAUGCUGUCAAUGGUUUAGGUAAUCGCAUUCUUGGGUUAAUAUCUUCUCUCACUUAUGCUCUCGUCACAAAUCGAGUUCUUCUCAUCAAUUGGAAACCUGGUGAUAAUCAUGAUGCAAAUUUUGAAGAUCUUUUUUUACCAUUAUCAUCAUCAUCAUCAUUAAAUGAAAGUAGUUUCGUUCAUCAAUAUUCCCUUUCGCGAUUGAUGAGUUUGGUUAAGAAUCGAUGGAUCAAUGAAAUUCAUUGGCAAAUAAACAGUAACAGUCGAAUACCACGAGAUUGGGCUUUUUACUUUGACGAAAUAAUGUUAUGUGAUGAUAAAAUUGUUGAUAUUCGUUCAUGGUUUCAACGAUUUGGAUUCUAUUUGAUAAAUAUUUUUACUGAUCAUAUGCAAUGGAUUCGAACUGCUCAAUAUUUUUGUUCCGAUAUUAACACGAAAUGA